UCCCGCCUCCGGCGCGGCCGGCAAUGUUUUCAUUGGCUUUUCUCCUCUCCCAUUGGUUCGUUCUUCUGUUCGUCAGACUCCGCGCCAGGAGAGAGGCGGAGAGCGCGUCAAUGUUGGGGUUGGAGGCCCCGCCUCCAAGUGCCGUGUGCAAAAACAAACAGCCGUUGGGGAGGCGGUGCCGAGAGGGCGGAGUUCCGGCUAGAAGGAAGCGUCCCAUUGGUCCGCCACCGAGGUUCAAAUGAACAACACGAGCGGCUAUUGGUGGCGGCGGCGCGAGGCGGGCCGGGGGCAUUGUCCGGCUCCGGCAGCGGUGGUCCAGCUGCAAGAGCGGCGGCGGCGGCGCGGGGCGGCAGUGGGCGUCGCGCGGCCAAGACCAUGGCUGGAGGCAAAGCUGGGAAAGACAGUGGGAAAGCCAAGGCUAAGGCAGUGUCCCGCUCACAGAGAGCUGGGCUGCAGUUUCCUGUGGGCCGGAUCCACAGACACUUGAAGACUCGCACCACAAGCCAUGGACGGGUGGGAGCCACUGCUGCUGUGUACAGUGCCGCCAUUCUGGAGUACCUCACGGCUGAGGUGCUGGAGUUGGCAGGUAAUGCUUCCAAGGAUCUCAAAGUGAAGCGCAUCACUCCACGUCACUUGCAGCUUGCAAUCCGAGGUGAUGAAGAGCUGGAUUCACUCAUCAAGGCUACCAUAGCUGGGGGCGGUGUGAUUCCGCACAUCCACAAAUCUCUGAUUGGAAAGAAGGGGCAGCAGAAAACUGCUUAGGAAGUGAUUUAACCACCUGCUCCCCGUUACUGUCUGUAGCUGGACAGUGGACACCUGUGGGAUUGUGUGGAAACUUUAAGAACAGUUCAGUGGAAAAGCAUAGACAAUUGCUGUAGACAAGCUAAAAGAAACACUUGUAUGUUUUUAGACUUGUGAAGUUUGAUAAGUCCCUUUCCCUGUGGUCAUGGUCAUGUGUUGAUUGGCCAAGUUUCUCCCUUGUGUUUUAUACAAAAAUAGAAUUGAUAAAACAUUUUUUACAAAACUAAUUUGUCUCGGAAUUUCUUCAUGAUGUGUUGGAAAUACUUUGCUCAUACCUGGGCAUGGCUUUGUCUACAUCAACCCUAGCAUCUGGGAGGUGUGGGCAGGACCUUCAGAGUUCACAG